AUGGGCAGCUCGGCAUCCAGACCAGCCAGAAAGCUCACCAAGAACAUUGUCAACACAGACAAAAUCCUGCGAAGCUCUAAAGCACAGCUUCCUCCGCAAUCACUUAGGGACAAGUUUGAAAAGUCGGGAGAGCAAGCUCCACAAGCAGAGGCUCAGGCCAAAGAACAACAACAACAACAACAAACUCCAAAUAAUAAUCUAGCUCAUCAAUCAAAUCGAUUCCAGCAAAGCGCUCAGCAAAAUGGACCUCCAGGGAAAGACGGAAUGGACCCUACAGCAGACCAGGCAUUCAUCGACUCCAUCAGUAAGCUAGGGCGCCAGAUCAGAAGUGAGGCUGCUCAGACACCUGGGCAUCAGCAGUUGAAUGUGAGAGCCUUGAAGCAGCUCCGCAACCGUAAAGCAUUAUAUGAGAAGGGCCAAAAGGAAGUUGAGGAUCAGCUCGACUCACAGCAGCCCCACUCGAGAACCAUGAUUCACCCAAAGACGCUAACGGCGAUUUUGAACGCUUAUCACGAUGAGACUGUGACGGAUGAAACUUUGCAGAAAGACUACGAGUUGAGCGCUGAUUUUCUUCAGAACCUCAAGCGCUUCAAGGUAGCGCAGAACAUAGUGCCUCUACAGGAAGACACCAAGGAAGAUGAGGUUGGCCCACGAACUGAGAAAGACCGUGUUCGUGUAGCAGAAACUGACGAAGGUGCCGCUGAAGGGGACUUUGAAGCAGAGCGGUUGAAGCAGUUGAGAAAGCGUCUUGAAUAG